GUUUCCUGUCACUAUGAUUGACCGCGCAGUUGUCGCCCUGAUAAAAUCGAGGUGUAAUCUCCGUGUUAGUAAAUUACGUGCAAGAGCGGGGAAACGAGAAAUCGCUGUGAACAAAAUUAGUUUGGAGGUGGGAUUUUAAAUUCGGCUGGUUUGAGCUACAUUUUGUGGCUGGUUGCUUUCUAAGGCUGGGCACGUUAGGCCGCGACAGGACUUGAGUGGAAGAAAAGUGUAAUAACCAUGUGUCAGAUCGAUGUGGUCUUUUUCCUGAGAUAUCGGAACUGGUGGUGAAGCCUGAACGGAACUGAAGUUUUCAGUGUGCACCAUUAUACACUAUGAAUCAGGAAAAAUUAGCAAAACUACAGGCUCAGGUCCGGAUAGGAGGAAAGGGCACAGCUCGCAGGAAGAAGAAGGUAGUGCAUAGAACAGCUACAGCUGAUGACAAGAAAUUGCAAAGUUCACUGAAGAAACUAGCAGUUAAUAAUAUUGCUGGCAUUGAGGAGGUGAACAUGAUAAAAGAUGACGGUCAGGUUAUUCAUUUCAAUAAUCCCAAAGUGCAAGCCUCAUUAUCUGCCAAUACAUUUGCAAUUACUGGUCACGCUGAGACAAAACAGAUAACAGAAAUGCUUCCAGGCAUUCUCAGCCAGCUUGGAGCUGACAGUCUAACAAGUCUUAGAAAAUUAGCUGAGCAGUUGCCGCGGCAAGUUCUGGAUAACAAAACGCCCAAAGCUGAAGAUAUUGACGAAGAUGAUGACGAUGUCCCAGAUCUCGUUGAAAAUUUUGAUGAAGCGUCAAAGAAUGAAGCCAACUAAAAGCUGCUGGCAGAUUAUAGACUGGGAUAAAGACUGUACCAACGAGGAAACUUAUUCCAAAGUUUUACUAUAUUAAAAGUGAAAAAUCACAAGUUUGCAAAUACAGUGAACUAAGGCAUUUUGUAUUUUAAUGAUGCUGAAUAAUCAGCAUCUUUCAAUUGGUUGAAAUCACUUGUUUGCAUUUUGCACUUAAAACAAAAUCCUUUGGUCUGAAAUUUGUAAGACUGAGAUUCCAUCAAAGCAAUCUAAAUAGAUCGCUAAUGAAUUGGGGUGAGCAAGCUCGUGAAGGUCUUAUUUAAGGUUUUCCCUCAUGACAUGCAAAUAAAAUAGAUUGAUUAACUUGUAUAUUGUGUGAAU